AUGAGCCCACUAGAAACGUUAGGUCACACACCUAAUAGUUUGGGGCCCUUACUAGUGCAUUUAAUAGUAACAAAAUUAGAUAGAAAUAGUAGACGUGAGUGGGAGACGAUUACGGCUAAAGAGGAAGUAGCACCGGUCGAAGUAUUAAUUGAAUUUUUAGAAUCGCGAUUUAAAAUAUUAGAAGCAAUCGAGACGUGCAAAAAUAUAAAUAUUCGACAAGGUGCGUACAAAUUUAAUAAUCAUAAUAAACAAUUGAAUGAAAAGUCGUCGUCACUAGUUAUAGGAAAUAAUAAAGGUUGCUAUAUUUGUCAAGCGCCCCAUACAAUUUACAAAUGUCCGAUAUUUAUCGCGUUACCAGUUACAGAAAGAAUAAAAAGAGUAGCCGAAAUGAAAUUAUGUAAAGUGUGUUUACGACAGUCGACAGCACGUACCGAAAAAGUGUAA